UGAAAAAAGGAAGACAUGUUGAAAAAAGUCGCCGUCGUAACGGGCUCCAAUCGAGGCAUUGGCCUGAGCAUUGUCAAAGGAUUAUGUCAACGAUUCGAUGGUACCGUCUAUUUAACUUCAAGAAAUGAAGCACAAGGGAAAUCAGCAGUCGACAAUUUGUAUAAACAAGGUCUACGUCCUGAAUAUCACCAACUGGAUGUAACAGACAGAGCAAGUGUUCUAACAUUUAAAGAACAUAUACUUAAAAUGUACGGUGGAAUAGAUAUAUUGAUUAAUAAUGCCGGAGUAUUGCCAAGUCGAGAAUAUUCAUACGAAUCAGAAGAAAAUUUUAAGACUAUAGAAGUUAAUUUUAAAAGUAUAAUAAUUAUUCAGGAAUUACUUUUUCCUCUAAUUAGAAAUAACGGACGGAUCCUCAAUGUGUCCAGUGCUUGCGGCCAUCUUUCUAAUAUAAAGAAUAAAUAUUGGAUCGAAAAGUUGUCUGACAAAGAUUUGAAUAUUAGUGUUAUCGAAGACUUUGUGGAUUGGUUUCUCGAGGGCUGUAGAAACAAAACAUUCACUAAAGAAGAUCUCGCAGAUGAUGCAACAUUUGCCUCGUGCAGAAUAUCAAAGGUGGCAUUGAGUGCUAUAACCAUAGUACAGCAAAAGGAACUCGAGAAAAGAAACAUAUCAGUGAAUUCGAUGCACCCCGGCCUGGUCCGCACCGACAUGACGCAAGGCGUCGGCUUUUACAGCGCCGACGAGGCUGCCGUGACACCUCUUUACCUAAUUCUAGAUGCUCCUCCCUCUCUGAAAGGCUCUUUCGUCUGGUACGACGGGAAAGUGCUAGAUUGGUAUGAUUACAGUGCUGACUAUUAUUUCAAAUAUGCAACUUUUCUACAAUACCAAACAAAACAUUAAUAAAUAAAGAAUUUUGGUAUUUCUGCGAUUUUGUCGCUCACAGAUAAUAUCUGGCUUUUUAGUAAACUUUUUUAUAUUCGUGCUUCCAGUUAGAUUAUAAUAUGACAUUAAUGUAAGUUUGCAAUUUAUUAGAAGUCUUUACACUUUGACUUAAACUUACAAUAAUAUGUUAAUCAGUUAAGUAACAAAAGCCUAUUGUGACAUUUCAACUAAAAAGCAAAUGUUUUGAGUUUUACAAACGUGUGGUUGAAGAAAUG